CACAAGUAAUCUUCCAUACAAUAUUGAAAACAUCAUUAUGAGGAAAACUUUCUGUGCUAUGCUUGUUCUAGUCGCUGUAUUGUUCUUUGGAGCUGCAGAGUUUUGUUCUGGUCGGAACACAAGCUUUAGCUGUAUAGAAAAGGAGAGAGAAGCCCUCUUGAAGUUCAAACUUUGUUUCCAUGAUCCAUCGCAUAUGUUGUCUUCUUGGAAAGGCAAUGAUUGUUGUGAAUGGAGAGGAGUAGGCUGUGAUAAAAAUAACAGAUAUGUUGUCUCGCUUCAAGUCAGGGGAUCAAUAUUUGGUAAUCAACGACCUCAAUUGUACUUGAUUGCCAAUGUAAAGGAGGUUGGUUCAAGUUUGCUGAAGUUGAGAUACUUAGAACACCUGGACUUGAGCAACAAUAAUUUCAAUGGUAAUCUUAUUUCACCCUCCCUUGGCUUGAUGAAGCAGUUGAGGUACCUAAAUCUCUCUGAUGCACAGUUUAGAGGAAGAAUUCCUGGUGAACUUGGAAAUCUUACAAGGCUUCGUGUCCUUGAUCUUUCUCAGUCUUAUUAUGGGGGAUUGAAGGUUGAUGAUGACAUUCAGUGGAUUGCUCGUCUCUCCUCUUUGCAACGACUUGAUAUGAGUGGAGUAAAUUUAAGCCAUGCCUCAUCAAAUUUGUUCCAAGUACUUGGUAUGCUUUCUUCAUUAUCAUGGUUGAGUCUGUCAGAUUGUAGUCUAAAAAAUUCUCACCUACCAUCUCACAACCACCUCUUUAAUGUUACAUUGCUUGGAAAUGUUCAACACUUCGAUAUGUCACAGAACUCUUUUCAUGGUCCAAUACCUAUUUUUCUCCAAAACAUGACUUCAUUGACAUUUCUUGAUAUAAGCAGUGUAAAUUUAAGUCUUACAUCAUCAAACUUAUUUCAAGUACUUGGCAUGCUUCCUUCACUAUCAUGGUUAAAUUUGUCAAGUUGUAGUCUCAAAAAUCAUCACUUGCCAUCUUGCAACCAUCCCAUUAAUUUUACAUUGCUUGGCAAUAUUCAAUACUUAGAUCUUUCAGUUAACUUUUUUCAAGGUCCAAUACCUAUAUUUCUCCAAAACAUGACUUCCUUGAGAGUUCUUUAUCUUUUUAGCAAUCAAUUGAGUGGGAGUAUUCCAGAUAGUAUUGUGCAACUUUCUAAGUUAGAGAGGAUGGAUCUUUCUGGGAAUCAAUUGAGCAGCGUUCCAGAUAGCAUCGGGCAACUUUCUAAGUUAGAGAGCAUGGAUCUUUUUGGGAAUCAAUUGAGCAGCGUUCCAGAUAGCAUCGGGCAACUUUCUAACAUCGGGCAACUUUCUAAGUUAGAGAGCAUGGAUCUUUCUAGGAAUCAAUUGAGCAGCGUUCCAGAUAGCAUCGGGCAACUUUCUAAGUUAGAGGGCAUGUAUCUUUCUGGGAAUCAAUUGAGGAGCGUUCCAGAUAGCAUCGGGCAACUUUCUAAGUUAGAGAACAUGGAUCUUUCUAGGAAUCAAUUGAGGAGCAUUCCAGUUAGCAUCGGGCAACUUUCUAAGUUAGAGAACAUGGAUCUUUCUGGGAAUCAAUUGAGCAGCAUUCCAGAUAGCAUUAGGCAACUUUCUAAGUUAGAGGGCAUGGAUCUUUCUGGGAAUCAAUUUGGAACAGGAUUUCCUAAAUGGCUUCAAUUACCGAAGACAAUAAAAAGGAUUGAUUUCUCUAAUGCUAACAUCUCAGGUCAUCUUCCAGAAAACAUAGGUCAUAUGAUGCCAAUGUUGGUGGGAUUAUUUCUUGAAAAUAACCUCAUGAACGGUUCAGUUCCAAAGUCAUUAUGCAAUUUAAAACAUUUGGCAGUACUUGCUCUCUCAAACAAUAUGUUAUCUGGAACUAUUCCAAAGUCGUUAUGCAAUUCAAAAUCUUUGAAAUAUCUUGAUCUCUCAAACAAUAGGUUAUCUGGAAGUAUUCCUAAUUGUUGGAGAAAUGAUCAAUCAUUCCUUUUUAUUGAUCUAUCUUCUAAUAAUCUCUCGGGUUUAUUUCCGAGCACAAUGGUGGAGCUUUCUUCUUUAAGUGUACUGCACUUGAACAACAAUAGUCUCCAUAGGGAACUACAUGUGGUGUUGAAAAAAUUCACUUCUUUAAUGGUUUUGGAUUUGGGUGAAAAUAAAUUUUCUGGAAAUUUAACAAGCAUUGUAGGGGGGGAGAUCCACAACCACUCUUUAAGGGUUCUCCGACUACGAAAAAAUUUGGUUUCUGGUUAUAUUCCUUCGGAACUAUGCUCUCUCUCUCAAAUGCAAAUUCUGGAUCUUGCGGAUAACAAUUUGACAGGAAGGAUUCCUUCUUGUUUUGGAAAGUUUCCGAUCAUGGUGAAUGCAACACAAUUGAUCCAUGACUCAAGUGAUGAAUUUUGGGAUCAUACACCUUUGAUGGAGGUUAGGAAAGGGAUAUACCUUGUGUAUUCUUGGGAUCGGGCACCUUUGAUGGAGGUUGUGAAAGGGAGAUACCUUGAGUAUAAAAGACAACCUUUGAGACUCGAGAUUAGUAUAGAUCUUUCAAGUAACAAUCUAAUAGGAUCCAUACCAGAGGAGCUAGUAUUCCUGAAGGAUUUGCACAAUUUGAAUCUGUCUUGGAAUCAUUUUUUAGGAAAGAUUCCUGAGAAAAUUGGACAAAUGGAGAAUUUGGAAUCUCUUGAUUUCUCUAAGAAUGGCCUUUCAGGAAGGAUCCCGAACAGCAUGUCAAGUUUAACCAAGUUAAGCUACCUCAACUUGUCUUACAACAACUUGUCAGGGCCAAUUCCAACAGGCUAUCAACUCCAAACACUUGAAGAUCCAACCAUGUAUGUUGGCAAUCCUCAACUUUGUGGAGCUCCACUCUUGAAAAAAUGCUCAAAUGAUACACUACCUCCGACAACUACCAACUUCAAGGACAAUGAUGAAGGUGCACUUAAAAGAAUGUGGUUUUACAUUGUCAUGUUGUUAGGCUUUGCAACUGGAUUUUGGGGAGUCGUGGGAACUUUGAUUUUUGUAAAAAAUUGGAGAUAUGCUUAUUUUCAAUGGGUGGAUGAUGUGCAACACUGGAUACUUGUGGUUAUAACAUUGAAGGUGGCACAAUUCAAGAAGAUGUUCAAUGGCAACCAAGAGUAUUAGUGAGUUAUAUUUGGAGUAUGUUUUUGCUAAAUUUAUUAUUAAGUUAGUUGGACAACCCUCUGUUGCAAGGUAUAGUGUUAGGUCCAACUUUGAAUGGCCCAACAUUGAAUUGGCCAAUUUUAAAUGAACACAUAAGUAUUAA